AUAAUUUAGUUAGUUUUACUUUUUGUGAGGUAGAGAUCGUUUUGUUUGCAUCUUUUAUCUGUAAUUAUUAAUGAUUCGGCCAUUACCAUUGAGGAUACUUUAGUUUGUAGGUUAAUUUAAGAAAUAGGACGCGAAGUGAGUGAAAAUAAAUCGGUAAUUUAUAGCCAAAAAAAAAUAUAUAUAGUGAAAAAAGUUGAAAAAUAUAUAUAUUAGUUAUGGCUGAUAACGAAGACUUGGGUUUAGGUGACGAUCACAUAGAUUCCUUUGACGAAACAAACGGAAUGCACGACGAAAACAUAUUAAACGAUACAGAUGGAGAUGGUACAGCCGCAGACGAUCCCGAAUUGGAAGCUAUUAAAGCGAGGGUACGCGAAAUGGAAGAAGAAGCCGAAAAAUUGAAGCAACUCCAGAGCGAAGUUGAUAAACAGAUGAAUAUGGGUAGUCCCCCUGGUCUUACAAGUCCCCUUAAUAUGUCAUUAGAAGAAAAGAUGGACGUGGAUAAUCGCAGUAUUUAUGUAGGAAACGUCGAUUAUGGGGCAACUGCUGAAGAAUUAGAAGCGCAUUUUCACGGGUGCGGUUCGAUUAAUCGCGUUACUAUUCUUUGCAACAAAUAUGAUGGUCAUCCUAAGGGUUUCGCUUAUAUCGAGUUUGGUGAUAGGGAUUCCUUACAAACGGCUAUGGCUAUGGACGAAUCCUUAUUUAGAGGCAGACAAAUCAAGGUGAUGCCGAAAAGGACUAACCGACCGGGUAUUUCGACGACGAAUCGACCGCCGAGGGGUCGGGCGUCUUUUAGAGGGAGUCGCGGUGUUUCAACUCGAGGUUUUUAUUCCGGAUACAGACCCACUCGUAGACCAAGGGGCUUUAGGAGAGGAUAUUUUGCUCCAUAUUAAUUCGUAUUCAAAAAAAAAUUCACACACACACACACCCUCAUUGUUUUUUUUUAUUUUGUUAAACAAAUAUACACGAAAAAAAUUGAAAAAAAAGCGGGAAAGAAGAAAAAAAAACUUUUAAGUGAAAAUUAGUGUUUAAUUUACUAAAUUUUGAUUUAAGGAGGGUGGUGAACGUUUAUUUUUCAUUUUAAUAUAUAAAUAAAUUUCCAGGUAUCUUGGAAAUUUGUUUUGGGUGAAAAAAUUUAAUUUAAAAAAAUAUUAAGAAGAUGUAAAGAAUUAAAUGUAAGGUAAACAAUAAAAUGAUAAUAUUCGAUAA